AUGAGUGACUAUGAAAAUGAAGAAGAGUCAGACAUAUACCUUAACUACCACGGGGCUCAGCUUACCUGGGACGACUACGGGGUUUUACAGAAUCCUGACGAAUGGUUGAUGGACCAGGUCUGGCGCGCACGCAUCCAUGAUUCAUAUCUCAUCCACGAGGAAUUGGCGAAACAUCCAUCGUCUAGGGUGAUCUUCGUACCUCCGGCCAUCUCCGUUAUGAUCAACGAACAUUUCUCGCCCACCGAGAUUCCCUACAUCAACGAGGCCAGUCACAUAUUCCUACCCAUCAAUGACGGCAGCGGUGCACAUCAAGACGGCGGCAGCCACUGGUCACUGUUAGUCAUCAGCACCCAUGACCGCCGGGCCUUCCACUACGACUCUAGUGGAUCGAUGCUGGCGCAUCAUGCGAGGCGGUUGUGCAGAGUAAUCAGCGGCUGGUUCGGAUAUGACAUAACUUUUCGCGAUCUGCCGGAGACCCCGCAGCAAACGGAUGGCAGUGCUUGCGGAGUGUUUAUUUGUUGGGCCAUGAAACAUCUCCUCGUCAGGAGGCUGCUUGCGGUGGAGAGUGAUCAUGUCGUUGAUAUGAGUCUUGGGGCGAAGAAUGUGAAUCUGAAGGAGGUAAGAAUGGAAAUGCGAGAGUUGGUUUUCAACCUCAGGAGGAAUGCUUGUAGAAGCAUCCAAACUGAAAAGAGGCCUCCGACCAGAUCGUAA